ACGAUUGGUUGUUAUGAAACGUCUCGGAAGUGAUAUAUUUGACUUACCUGUCGAAUGACAUACGGGAAGUCACGAAAUUACCCGUAAAGACAUUUUAGUUAGUUACAUUUGUUAUCCCAGAUACCACGCACUGCUAACAUUAGUUAGCAGUGCUAACAUUAGUUAGCAGUUCCUCAUGCUAUCGUUAGCUUAUCAGUCCACCGUGUGACGUAGAAUAUGUGGGACGAAUGGACCUCAGUUUUAUUUAUGAUCAACUAACAUGUUCAUUGCAUGCUGCAUAGUUACUGAUUACCAGACACUAGUUAAUAUUUGAUUGUUUAGACUCCGUUGGACCUGACAACCCGCAGUUUCAUGCUGUACUCGAGUAUUUUUACAUAGUUUGUCCGUUAGUCUUUUUCCCCCCCUGUCCUCCACUCUGUUUCUGCGUUGAAACAGCUGCUAUAAUGGAUGUUAAAGAGGACAUCAUAGCCAUUUUAGAGCAGUUUGACAUCGGGAACAAAUUAUCUUCUCUACCGGUGCUACCCAAAGCCUCAGUGCUGAUCCCACUGAUGGUGAAGAAUGGAGAGCUGCACACCAUGAUGACCCUGCGAUCAAAAGAGCUGCGGACCAGUGCUGGUGAGGUGUGUUUCCCGGGUGGGAAGAGAGACCCCAGUGACAGAGAUGAUGUGGACACAGCCCUGAGAGAGGCCGAGGAGGAGAUAGGUCUCCCACCUGAAGAUGUUCAGGUGGUCUGUAGACUGGUCCCUAUCAUCAAUAAGAGCGGUUUGUUGGUGACCCCGGUGGUUGGCUUCAUAGACGAGUCAUUUCGUCCCUGUCCAAACCCAGCUGAGGUCAGUGCUGUGUUCACUGUCCCCUUCACCAGCGACAAGGACCACUAUGCCACCCAUGGUGUUGCCGGGACAAUGGGGAUAAUGCACUCUUUUCAUUUUGUGGACCCUGAUUCAGGAAGCCAGUAUCACAUAUGGGGCCUCACUGCCAUGUUUGCCAUACUGGUCGCUGCCCUGGCUCUCAAGAAAAAACCUGACUUUCAUGUUGCUUUUGACCCAGAAGAUCCAAUAUCCUUCUUCCAACAGGUUCUACACAGAAGAACGAGUAAACUAUGACCAGCUGUGUCUUAAUGCUUGUAAUGCAUUUGUGCCGAUACAAAUGCCUGAAGCCAGUGUUUUAUAAUUGUUGUUCCUUCAUGUAUAGCCUUGUGAAGAUAAGAAUACAUGUGUACAUUUAGUAAUGUGCAAUAUUUGCUUGAGAAGAUUAAUAUAUAAAACUUUCAGAGCUAUUCACUUAUGAGGGGAAAAAAACGAAAACACAAAUACGUUUUAAUUUUUAUUAAUUCUUUUAAUGUAGCAGCAGGAUUACAGAUAUAAACAGAAGAGUAUACAAAUGUCCAGACCAAGGCAAAUUACAUGUUAAUAAUAGUUCAGAUGUAUGAUAACACACUGGGGUUGACCUUUAUCCCGACUGCGGGGUCUUAAGGCUAGAUACUAAAGCUCAAGCUACACAGAACGGAUACAACAAAACUGUUGGAGAAUGUGAAAUAGAAAGCGAACUAGGAAAAGUGAGCUAACUGAGUACACACAAGAUACAGCUCACACUAUUGGCAAUUAACAGUUAAUUUAUCAUGGUUGCUCCUUUUGAUCAAGCAGUUCACAGCAACAAUAGUAAUGUUGACAAGCACAUCAACACAAGAUAGCUCUCCAUAAAACAAUCUCCACGGUCUCGUCCCUUUUACCUCACAUGUACAAAUCUCAUGAGGCAUGAAAAACAUUUUCAACAGAAAGUAACAAGUUGACAAUUCACUGGUGAAGCUGCACGAUGUUGUACAAAUAAAAUAUAUCUGUAUGGGCUAUGGUAAUGCUUGUGUUUAGAAAUAAAGACUCAAUCACAAAAAGGUGUCUUGAUGUUCAACAGUCCUAGAGAAUAAAAAGGACAAGGAGCCAAAUAGCUAUGACACGAAAGGGACACCAGUAAACACAGCAGAGUAACAGUUAAGUUAUCAAGGCACACAAAGUUCUGUUGAAAGCAUCACAAUUGAAAUUCAAGAUACCCCUGCAGUAUAUUUUACAUUUAAAUAUACAUGGAUAUUCAUUACAUGACUGAAGGACAAAACUGAUAUUUUGUAAAGAUUUGUGUGCUAUCUUCACCACCUUUUAAAUUAAUGUUUCACAUGGUUUUUUUCAGGUGGACGUGGCUAUUCGAAGAGUCAGACUGAGCAUCCUGGAUUGCUCAAAAUGAAACUGGACGUGAAAAAACAUGAAAUUACACCACAAUCCAAGACUAAACAAUCUGACAAAAUGUACGGUGAUACAAAUGACAGUUGGUGCCACCCCCACCCUCAAAAUAUAUGUUCUUUAAAACUGUAAUUGGUCCGAUGUUAGAAGUAGAGCAAGCUCUAUGUCCACACCAUGAGGUAAAAUGUACAUUCAUGAAACUGAAGUCACAGGUUGGCUUUCUGUGUUGGUAUGGCUUUAAGAGGCAUUACUUUUCCGCACUUCUUCCGCAACAUCAUGUGCUCUUAAACUCCCCAAGAGGACUGGAAUGCUUGGAAACAUCACUACUGCGCUCUAACCUGAUCUACAGUUAAUGGAUGAGUCAAAGUGCCAUUUGAGAUGCAUGACAUAAAAAACAAACACACACAAGAAAAACCUAGCCCAUGUAUUAUGUUAUACAGGUUGGGUAAAGUCAUUUUUAUAAACAGUAUAAUUAAGUUCCAACAUA